AUGAUCUCGUUGCUCGCUACCUCAAAGGUUUCGGCGAAUCUUUUCUUCCGUUCGUGUGUGUCCUUGAAGCUUGACCCGAGGCCUUUUCCUUCGACGAGUUCCAUGGUCUCCUCCUCAACAAAGGAGCUCGUCUCCAUCAACACAACCUUCUCGCUUGUGACUUCUCUCCUUCAUCUAACUAAAGUCGCUCUGGUUCUCAUGGCAGUGGCGGAAGUGGGCGGUCCACUUCUCGUGGCGGUGGACGGCUGA